UAUUUAGGUCAACUGACAUCCAUCCCAGGGUACCUGAAUCCCUCCAGCCGCACGGAAAUCCUGCACUUGAUCGAUAAUGCCAAGAGAGCACACCAGCUCCCGGGGCAGCUGACCCAAGAACACGAUGCUGUCAUUAGUCUCUCUGCCUACAACAUCAAGCUGGUGUGGAGGGAUGGAGAAGAUCUGAUCCUCAGGGUUCCCAUCCAUGACAUCGCCUCCGUUUCCUACAUCCGAGAUGAUUCCUCUCACUUGGUCGUGCUGAAAACAGCUCAGGAUCCUGGGAUCUCCCCAAGCCAGAGUCUCUGUGCUGAGAGCUCCAAAGCUCUGACUUCAGGCUCGCUGUCCGAGAGCGGGGUGGUUCCCGUCGAAGCUUGUUGCUUGGUGAUCCUGGCUACAGAGAACAAA